AAAAGACCUCCCCCUCCUCCCGAAGAAAUCCUGAAAUCCGUCGGCUCUUUCUCCAGAGCUUCUGCUGAGCCAUGAUCAGAUACAAAAACACACCCAGUGUUCACAACGAGGAACUCGACUGUACGAGUCUAGAAAGGGGAAAGUUUGCGCUGCUCGGUCCAUGUUUGUUGUGUGGAAUUACUUCUACGUGGUGAAGCAGUGAAGCGCCUCCCAGUGCCUCGGUCAUAGACCUUGAAACCUAGCACAUAUAUGCAAAACGCAUUUUGGGUUGAGCGCGAUCCUGAGCUGAGGAGGGUCCUUCCACUUGCCCACAGGGCCCCCUCCACCUCAACCUUCCUCCCUUCUUUAUACAUCUCCUGCUGCAUGGACGCCCGAUGCCGGGACAUGCUAAAAUAUUGGGGCAGAAACUCGGUUCCGUCGCUGGAUUCUAAUUUGAUGUAGGCUAUUGCUGGGAAUAAUCUCCCUGUUUCUGACAGAAAAUAACUUAUUCUGACUAUUUAUUCAAAGUCAGAAACUGCUCAAGAAAACUAAGUGAACACACAAAACAGUUAAUUUAUUAGAUGUUUGAUCAAGCCACGAGUAUGGGCGAUGGAAUCGCCGAAGACCGAAACCACUGUGGAUCCAAUUCGGUGUGCCGUGACCACGGCAGAGACUCUAAAAGCCGGACGGAAGUGGGGAACCGGUCACCUGUGCAGAGUUCUACCGACACACCCGGGACUUCGGCGUCCACACCGACUUCAUCUGGCGAGGAAGGACACGAUAAACUUUUAGGAGUCGAUCCGGACUAUUGCCGAAGGAUUCUGGUCAGAGACGCCAAGGGCACCAUUCGGGAGAUUGUUCUUCCAAAAGGCCUGGAUCUGGACCGGCCGAAGCGCACGCGGACCUCGUUCUCGGCGGAGCAGCUCUACCGCCUCGAGCUCGAGUUCCAGCGAUGUCAGUAUGUGGUCGGGCGCGAGCGCACGGAGCUCGCCAGACAGCUCAAUCUUUCAGAAACUCAGGUGAAAGUGUGGUUUCAAAACCGCCGCACCAAACAGAAGAAGGACCAGACUAAGGACACUGACAAACGGUCGUCGUCCACCUCCGAAUCGCUCGCCACAUGCAACAUCCUGCGGCUGCUUGAACAGGGGCGCCUUCUGUCUGUGCCUGCACACCCACCCAACCCACUGCUGGCUCACCCGCACACAGGCAAUGGCUCGCUCCUGGGCAGCCCAUCCGUAUCCACUUCCUCUGGGGUGAGUAGCAGCACCACGCCUCCCGGGGCUGCGGCGGUUGGGACGUUUGGACUGUCGCUGUCUUCUUUAGGCGGCACCCCACCCUCGCCACGCCUCGGGGUCCCACCACCCUCCCUAUGCUUUACCAUGCCUCUCCUUGGAGGCACCCAUCAUGAACUGCCAUCGGGGUAUGGGUGCGGAUCCUCAGCGUUUGAGCCGUACAUGAGGAUAGAGAGGAAGGAUGGAGAGUUAAAUGGGAAGAAGACUGUUUCCUAAAAAAAUUCCCAGCUGACUGGUACCUUCCCCCUUCUACAUGUCUCAGGGGUCUCACCUGUGCCAUGACCAACCGGAAGGUUCGCAAACUGACAGAAAGAGACUGAAAGACAGCCUCUCUUGAGCUAGUGCCUAUAACCAAACUGAGGCCGGUCAGACUCCAUCGUUUCAGUGGAGGUGAGCGUUUGGGACGAAGCCUGUAAUUAAGUAUCACGGUGUUCGGUGUAUUUCAUCAUCCACAGGUUUCCUUCCAUUUUUGCAUUACUUGUGUGGUGAGAAACUUAUUCUUUGUGAACGAUGGAAAAUGCUGUAAAUGUAACUGUAAUUGUAAAAGGCUAAAAAUCAUUUCGCAAUUUGGGUGUUAAAAAGUUGUUUUAUGCUGCUCUAAAUUAAUUGACUUUGGAGAGCUUCGUGUCAGUGUAAAUGUGAGUCUGUGUGAAAGUAUAAGAAUGAGAGAAUCAGGAGAGUGAACACGUACAGUAACGAUAACAAGGCACUGACAACUUCUGUGGCAUUUAUUCCGUACAAGACCUUGGUACUAAUGAGAGUUUAAUGGACAGAAUGAUUAUUCAUACAGCAGUGAUGCAACAUUAAAUCUGAGCAUGUGGAGAAUUACACGGGUCUUUAACAAAAUGCAAAGUAAUAGCAUCUAGAAGUGCUCAUCAAGUUGUCACAAUGCUCAACUUUGCGAAAUUGGUCUCUUCUCUUGGAAACGCAUUAAUUUCUCAAUUGAAAGCGAGGACCUUAUAGGCUCAACAACAAUAUAAGGACCCUUUUCACAGACUGUGAUGUUAUUAGCAUUGCAAAUCUAACAAGGUUUUCAUUAACCUUGCAUUUCAGAAACUGGUUAAAGCUGCUGCAUGAGUGUUUCUAAUGCAAUUCCUGAGGUAGUGACCGCAAAAUUGCCAUAUUUCUUUCUUCUGACCAACUUUAUCAAUCUCUCUCAAAUACUUUCCUUUUUUGAAAAGUCAUCUUCACUAUUGGGACAAAUGAGAUCCCAUAAAUUACAUUUCCUGUAGCUUCCCUUCACCACUAUAGAAAUUCACCCAACUAUGGUUUACUUCCACUUCUGAAUAUCCCCAGUAUGUGCGCAUCAUUUAGACACCGGCUAGGCUUGUACAUGCAGACCCAUGCAAUAUUUUCACAUUUAAAGGAUGAUUUUGUAGCUUGUGUCAUGAAAAGGCUGCACCAAGAAUUUUGCAUGUAAAAGACAAAAUCCUAUUCACACUGGGACGAAACUGGCAGAAAUUGUUUUUUUAGUCCUGUAAUGUCAAUUUACACCAUGUAAAUCAAUCCACCAACAAAUUAGAUUUGGGGUCACAAAAUAGAUGAGUGUAAUUGUUACAGUCUGGUUGAGUUCAAAUCCAUUUUAUCUGAGGUUUUAUUUUGCAUUGAGCAACUGGGUUGUAUUUAGCAUUAAAGCCUGUGCUUUUUUUGCUUUGCUCCAGAGGACCCAAGGACCUUCACACUUGUUUGUUUAGCUCUCAAGCAGCAUUCACAGAGAUGGUCAUUUCAGUCUCUCAAACUUGCUGAGUCUGUGUGCCUACAAUGUUUAAGUUUGAUGUUUUGCAUAAAGUUGAACUCUGUUUAACUUUGUUGCUAAACAGUUACUCCUACUCAGAGUACAUCACCCCUAAAAACUAAAAGUUAAUGGCUUCUGCUCACAUUGCUGUCAGUGCGAACGCCCUUUAAUAUGAAUAGGCAUUUUCAGUAGCUUCUAAGUCAAUCAUCUACAUGUGGAAACUUCCGAGAGAAAAAAAAAGUAAAUUGCGAAGUCCGAAUUAUGAGAGGAUAAAUUUUUCUGUGGUGAUGAAAAUAAUCUUCCAUUGCUACAACACUGUACCUUCAUCAUUUCUAUCCUCUGACAGUGUCCUAGGUUGGACAGUUGAAGAAAUAGUUAAACCCUAAAUGAAAAUUGUCAUUCACUCACCCUGUCAUUCUAAACCCGUACUAACUUUCACAGAAAGCCAAAUACUCUAUGAAAAAAAAAAAAGAGAGACAUUGAUGAAUGACUGAUAUAUUAGACUUCAAAUCUUCUGAAAGUCAUAUUAGCAUUUAAGUCAAGUAUCAAACAAACAACACUUGCUCUUGUGUUGCUUUUUGAAACUUGAAAACUCCAGUCCCUAUUCACCGUGCUUUCAUGGAAAGAGCAAGAAUGUCUUUGAAACAACACGAUGGUGAGUGAAAUUUCAUUUUUUGGGUGAACUAGUCCUUUAGGUCAAAGUGCAAGUGACUUUACCCUGUUGAGUUGCUCUUCCAUUGCUUUCUGAGAACAUCUAGUUUCUUAUACAUCUAGUAUUUGAUUGCAAAUGGAUUGUAACUUGUGCAAAAAGUUCUGGUCGCAGUGCUUGUGUUGUCGUCGAACACAGUUAUUUUCUGUAAGAUUCUUGUAUAAUUCACCGCAGCAUCAUUUAGCCCAAAGCGCUGAGACCGACACUGGCAAAACUGUUCCUACAUCUCUCAAACUGUUUCCUAGAAGAACGAUGAUGUGCUGAUCAUUUUGUUAACAUAAUUACUGAAAAACGAAUGGUGCAUCUCACAGACCUGUACAUUUAAUAAAGCAGCAGAGUUGUAGAUUAACAAUGCUUUGUAAACUUCAUUGAGAACUUGUUGCCCCUUUAAUUAUGGAAUCAUAUGCCUGAAACAUGUUUUCAAAGUGUGUCGAACAAGCAAAGAGCGUAUAUAUAAAUAACAUAGCCACAGAUAUGAUUGUAAAAUGUGGUUUGAGUUUACUGUGAUUGCGUGGAAAGAUUUUCUGUUUUAUUUGAUCUCACUUUCAUAUUUCCUUCCAUUGUUAAAGGGUCAGUGCUCUUGUUCUGGCACAAAGAUUAUGUGUAAGUAAGCCAUAAGCUUUUUGGCAGUACUGCAUUUGUGUGACCGUGUCAGGAAAUUAUAAUAAUAAUACUUAAAAAAAAAAAAAAAUUACAUGAUGGCACCAGCUUCUCACAAAUAAGAAAACACUUAAACAGUAUGUAAAUAUGAGUCUUUGCACAGUAUUUUCCUGUUGUAUUAUGUGAUCUUACAAAAAAACAAAAAAAAAAUUAUGAAAAAUAUAAAUGCUUUACAAUUCUUUGUCUCAUUAACUAUUUGCACUUAUUUAAAAAUGUUUGUUCUGUGGCAAAAGAGCCUUUCUUGUGGUUUGGCAAAAAAGCCAACAUAUUGUACAAUAUGUACAUGUGUUUUUAUUCAUAUGCAUAUAAAUAUAUGUCUAUGUAA